AGCUCCCCACCUUCGACUCUUUAUCAACAUGAACUUAUCCCACACAACCUCGGCUCAGAUAAAGAUAAACCACCUCAACUUAAUACCCAAGCACUACUUAACUCCUUGAAAUAGAAACACCAUGACUACUGAUACCCCAGGUCUCUCACCAGAUCAGCUGGACACCUUCAACCGCGAUGGCUACCUUAUUCUCCCUGGCGCCCUCUCCAGCGCAACUGUCAAAUCUCUACUCGACGAAACUCACAAUCUUCUCGAAAAUUUCUCGCUAGAUGAUCACCCUCUCACACGUUUCUCAACCGGCGAGAAACGUGACCAUGUUGGUGACGACUACUUUCUGACUUCAGGCGAUAAGGUCCGGUUCUUCUUCGAGGAAGACGCCUUUGACGACGAUGGAAAACUCACCAAGCCCAAAGCUCGUGCUGUUAACAAGAUUGGCCAUUACUUGCACGCUCUAUCGCCUCCAUUUGCUCGUCUUCUGGACCACGAUACAAGCAAGGUCAGCCCACCUGCUGUGGCACGUAGCCUUGGCUUCAAAGACCCUCGGUGCCUGCAGAGCAUGGUUAUCUGCAAGCAACCAGAAAUAGGAGGCGCCGUGCCUCCCCACCAAGAUAGCACUUUCUUGUACACCGACCCUCCAUCGGCGGUCGGUUUCUGGUACGCACUUGAAGAUGCCACGCUUGAAAAUGGAUGUCUAAGUUUCCUGCCUGGUUCACAUCUCUGGGCACCAGUUGAGAAAAGACUCGUUCGCAAGGCAGGCAAUGUGGGUACAGAGAUGGUAGACAAUGAUGGGCCAAAAUUCCCUGCAGCAGUAGGCUACGGACAAGCAGCGCCAGACGGACAACAUGAGUAUGUCCCUGGAGAAGUCAAGGCUGGUGAUCUAGUCCUUAUUCACGGCAACCUGUUGCAUAAGAGCGAGAAGAACACCAGUCAAAAGGGACGAAUUAUUUACACGUUCCAUAUCAUUGAAGGACAAGACAGGGACUAUGAUGAUAAGAAUUGGCUUCAACCACCAAACGAAGGGUUCACCAAGUUGUAUGCUUAAAGGAAUACGAUGAUCUCUAAAUAACAUAUACCAUUGCAACGCUCAUUAGAGCCUCUUUUUACGUCCACAGAUAAAUAUGCCAAGACAUACAUUAAAACAUGAUGCGUAGUUAUGUCGAUAAAAUUAGUUUGCGAACAUGGUUUUACAGUCUAUCCGGCUCCACCUUCGUCCUAAUCCUGUGUCAUCAAAGACGGGUAUCAUAAUCCUCACUCAGAGUCCGAAUCAUCCUCACUCGAACUGUCGCCAGAGCUUGACUCAUCCGAGGAAGACGAGGAAUCGCUCGAAUCUUCCUCACCGGGCUGUCGAUAAGGUCGUGCCGGGGCCUCAUUCUCAGAUUCGUCCUCGGACGAUGACGAGCUCCCGCUGCUGCUGGUGUCGGAGUCACUAUCGGAAUCAGAGUCCGAGUCCGACUCGGAACUGCUGGAAUCGCUGUCUUCGACAUUCACACGGAGCUUUCGUCGACGUUUUCCGGGAACGCCGUCGGCGAUCUUCACAGUCUUCUCUGCAUCUGUGGUUGAUGUGACGUUAUUAUCGCUUGCAGUGAUGGUCUGUGAUGAUGCGAUGCUGGCCUCAGUGUCUUCGCCAUCGGAAAGUUCAUCAAUGACAAGCUCAGCUCUCAUGCGCUUCACAAGUCGGCGAAUGAUGACAUCCUCCUCUUCUGAGUCCGAGAGGUAAUCGACCUCAGUGAAGCCCUUUCUCUUAGUUCCCACUGGGUGAUUUUCAAGGAUUCUAGCAAGGACCUCCUCAUAUCGUUGUUGAGUAGCCUCAAGGUCUUUGGUUCCCUCAGGGAACACCUUUGCUCCAUCCGAUUGGUCCUGGUCCCUAACCUCGCGAGCAUUCUCCAGCAGUCGCAUCCUCACAAAGCCCUUCAAGUCUUGGAUGUAGUCGUAGAGGGUUUCAAUGUCAGAGGCGGGGAUUCCAUCGGCAUCGAAAACGUGCUUGAUUAGGUUUGAUUGGUGGUUUUUGUUGAACUUCCAGCUAUCACGAGCUGUCUUCCAGAGCCUCAAGUAUUCAAGCGCAGGCUUGAGAUCAGUAGGAACCUGGGGUUUGGGUUUCUUUGCGGGGCCUUUGCUCUUGGCCUUGCUCUGUUUAACGGGCCUUGAUGGUGUCCUGACAAAGUGGUUGUUGGGUGGUGUAUCGGCAAAGGUGACUGACUUCUGCCUCUUUAACUGUCCUGUUGCAUUCCAACUUGUUGUGGCUUCAUCCUGACGUGGUCGCUUAGCAACCUGAGAGGAAUUGGAAGGCAGCGGGGCGUCGAAUUUUCUCUUUGUACUUGACUGGGUGCUUGUGCUUGUACUGCUGGUUGGGUGCCCAAGGCUGGGCUCAGAUGCAUCAGAAGGUUGCUUGAGCUUCAAGCCCAAUUUCUUCCAGGCGGGAGUUUGACCAGACAUUGUGAGAUGAUAUUUGUACAGUUGGUUUGAAGGGGAGGACCGAGAAACAGUAACAAGAACAGGAACGGACUUCGACUCUCAAAAGUUGAGAUUCUGAGAUUUGUGUUUUCUUCAACUUCCUCAGAUUUGCUGUAGUUGCCAGGGUCCACGAAUUUUCUUCUAGCUGCUGUGUGAGCGGUGGAUUCUCUGUUGACUUCCAAAGGGCCAAUAACAACAGCACAAAGUCUAAAGGGGGGCUCUGAGUUGUCAGUUCUGCAGGUUCCUUUUAGCGUAGUGCAAGUGCAAGGCCGAUAUGCAAUGUCGUGUU